GGCUCUGGCAGGCCGCGUGGUACUGGAGCGUCCGCUGUCACCAGCAGGAGAGGGUUUGAAAGGGAGGCUGGGAAGUGGGUGUUUUUUCCUUCCCUGUUCUCUGCGUUCUCAGGGGGCCAGCUCUCCUUCCCCUCGUUCUGCCGGAAGGUGCCCACCGGUAAAGUUGAGGCCUCGAGGUUCGGAGGGAGCGGCUGCUGCCCAGCACUGGAGUGUGGGGCGCGCCCCUUAGGCCCACCCCAACCCAGCGCCCGGCCUGCACCUCCAUGGGCCCGACCCGGAAGCCCAAUGUGUGCCACCGGCUGAGUCGGAGGGCGCUGGGCAGCUUCUCGCGCGACGCAGGCGUGGUGCAGAGGACGAACCUAGGCAUCCUGAGGGCGCUGGUGUGCCAGGAAAGUACUAAAUUUAAGAAUGUCUGGAUAACUCAUUCCAAGUCACCUAUAGCCUAUGAGAGAGGAAGAAUAUAUUUUGACAAUUAUCGAUGCUGUAUCAGCAGUGUUGCGUCAGAGCCAAGAAAACUUUAUGAAAUGCCAAAAUGUUCCAAAUCAGAAAAAAUAGAGGAUGCUUUAUUGUGGGAAUGCCCAGUGGGGGAAGUACUUCCCAAUCAGUCAGAUUAUAAGUCCUCACUCAUAGCACUGACUGCUCAUAAUUGGCUACUUCGUAUAUCAGCAACUACAGGAAAAGUCCUUGAGAAAAUAUAUCUUGCUUCUUAUUGCAAAUUCAGAUACCUGAGCUGGGACACUCCUCAAGAAGUCAUUGCAGUCAAAUCAGCUCAGAACAAAGCCUCAGCAGCGGCCCGGCAGGCAGGCAUUCAACAACCUGUUCUGCUGUACCUUGCAGUGUUUCGAGUUCUGCCUUUUUCACUUGUAGGAAUUCUAGAGAUCAACAAAAAGAUUUUCGGGAAUGUUACAGAUGCUACCUUGUCUCAUGGAAUACUGAUUGUGAUGUACAGCUCGGGACUGGUCAGACUGUAUAGUUUCCAAACCAUCACUGAACAGUUCAUGCAACAGAAACUUGACUUAGGGUGUGCAUGCAGAUGGGGUGGGACUACUGGAACUGUAGGAGAGGCUCCUUUUGGCAUUCCUUGUAAUAUUAAAAUCACAGACCCACCACCACUGCUCUUUGAGGUGUCAUCUCUGGAGAAUGCUUUUCAGAUUGGAGGCCAUCCUUGGCACUACAUCAUCACACCUAAUAAGAAGAAACAAAAAGGGGUUUUCCAUAUUUGUGCCCUAAAAGACAACUCCUUGGCAAAAAAUGGGAUACAAGAAAUGGAGUGUUGUUCUCUAGAAUCUGACUGGAUCUAUUUCCAUCCUGAUGCUUCUGGUAGAAUAAUACAUGUUGGCCCAAAUCAAGUCAAAGUUUUAAAGCUAACUGAAAUAGAAAAUAAUAGUUCUCAGCAUCAGAUCUCUGAAGAUUUUGUUAUUUUGGCCAACAGGGAGAACAAAAAUGAAAAUUUAUUCACUGUUACAGCUUCUGGACGGGUGGUAAAAAAAAAUUUUCACCUUCUGGAUGACGACCCAGAACAAGAGACUUUCAAAAUUGUGGACUAUGAAGAUGAGUUGGAUUUGCUUUCUGUUGUAGCUGUUACUCAGAUAGAUGCUGAAGGCAAAGCUCACUUGGAUUUCCACUGUAAUGAAUAUGGAACCUUACUUAAAAGCAUUCCACUAGUGGAGUCAUGGGAUGUGACAUACAGCCAUGAAGUCUACUUUGAUAGAGACUUGGUGCUACACAUAGAACAGAAACCCAACAGGGUCUUCAGCUGCUAUGUUUACCAGAUGGUAUGUGACACUGGGGAAGAAGAAGAAACCAUAAACAGAAGUCAUUAAAAUGAGUGAAAUAAUGUUAACUUAAGAGACUUUUAGCCAAACACUGUCUCCAAUCCUCCUCUGUACUAUCUGCAUGGCAUAGUCUCCAGUAUUUUCCAGGAAAGGUCUUGUGUUUACUUUAGAAUUUUUAAACUCUUGCUGUAGAAGGUUGUGAGGACUUCAUUUUAUGUAAUGACUUUUUAGAAUGCUGUCCCAAAAAGUCUACUGUUUUGGAGCUUUUAGCUAGGUGGUAAUGUAAAUAUAAAAUGCUAGGGAACAAAAAAGGACAGAUUAAUUUCAGUUGUUGAGGAGAGGGUCAUUGAUAGGAAGGUAUUUAACAUGGUUCUUAAAGGACAGUAUGGAAUUUUAAUUGGUAAGGAUAGGAGAGAGAUAAAAAUAAAGAUACUAAAGAUAUAGAAAGAAAUCCUAUAUCCUCUAUACCAAACUUUGCUUAAGGAUUAGAAAUGAGAUGUGUAAUGUGAAAGCAUACUUUUCAGCCAAAAACAUGUAAUCACAGUUUUAUUUAAAAAAAUCUUAUAUAUAUAUGUAUAUAUAUGUUUUGUAUUUGUGUGUAGUAUCAGGAACUGGUCCUAGUUCACAAACUAUCUUUUCUUCCAUGGCCUUAUUCUCUUGGCUUGAUGUUCCCAUUGAAUAUUUGUGUUUCAAUUAUAGACUAAUAUAAAAGAUUCCAGGCAAACCUUAAAUGAAACUUUUUGUGAUAUGUAUCCUGCUUAGCUCCUAAUAUAUCUAAAGAUGUUCUUAUUUCACCAUUCAAUUUAUUAAGUCAAUCUUCCAAUUUUUUUAGGCAAUAUUUUCAUACCUAUGCAGUAAGAUAAAGGUACCCUUGCCUGUACCAGUUCUAUUCCUUGAGGAAGAGUAAAGUCUCAGGAGGAGUUCAUAUUGGCUUGGGAGUUACCUGAUUAGCUGGAAAGAAAUUUUGGCUAUCUUAGUUAUGAAAUGAAUAUUUUUGUUUUCUUUUUUGUUAGAAAAGAUCUAAAUAUCCUUGAACUUCAAUAAUCAUUCUUCAGAAUGUUAAAUAAAGUCAACCUAAGUAAAGGGAGAAAGUGUUUCUUUAUGCUUCCUGUUUGAGAAAUGCAUUUACUUGCAUUCAGUGCCCAUGUUCAGCACAUUUCUCUGAUUCAACCUCAAAAGAAUAACUAGUAAAAAAAAAAAAAAAAAGAAAGAAAAAAGAAAGGAAACAGCAGUAAAAAUAAUGGCUGAUUCAAGUUUAAGGUUAAAAUACAGAAUUUUAGCUUGAAUGAUUUACAUUAAAAUCCUUCAGUUUUUCCUUCAGUUUUGGCUUGAUCCCAUGUUAAGAAUAAUGUAGAUUCGGCCCUUGAAAAUUUGCAAAUACAUUUUACAUCUGAGGUAUUAGUUAUUCCGAAAGUCAAGGAAUUAGUAGCAGGAUGUGUAAAUUUAAAAGAAAUAAAGGGAACAAACCUAAAACUGUUUUGUGCAAUAGAAAAGAUUGUUAACAUUUUAGAAUAAAGGAAAAUAUUUUUGUAUGGGCUAAAAAUAAAUCUUUCUGAAUUUGAUCCUGUGUAUAAUAACCAUCUGGGAAAGUAGAAGUGAUUACUUUGUGAGUAAGAUGAAAAAAUUAUCUCCCUAUACUAGAUUCUAAUACUUUUAUAUCUAUUAAUGGAAAAAUCCAUCUUCACUUAUGCAUAUUUAAUAGUGCUAUUUAAUAUAACAUCUGAGGCCUUCAGAGCAUUUUAGAGAUACAAUUGUGAUUACAGAUCUGUUAAAUAGUUGCAGUGUGCUAGCUAUUGCCCCAAACUUUCAAUUAGACCCA